AGCAUAAACAGGAGAAGCAGAGUAGCCUCAUAUCAUUGCUCUUUCUCUGCACAGAGACUAGUUCAAAUGAUCCUUUAUGUAUUCUUUUACAUACAUCGUGUUUCUUAACCAGAAUUAUAUGCUGAUUUGAAAAGGUUUUGCAUGAAGUAAAGUGAUCGGUGGAGAUACAGUGAAGACUGUUCUGUGAAUUGAAAUAUGUUUGUGAAUUGCCUUGAAUGACAGUGUUUUAAAAAGAUAAUGUAGAAACUAAAUGCUAACAGUCCCUCCCCCCUCCAAUUUUACAAUAUUGGCAAAUGUGUGGAUGAAGGUGUUACUCGCUUUUCAUACUUCUGUUGUAAUUUCAGUUGCCAUGAUGCCUGCUGCAAUAAAAAAACCCGACAGCACACCAAUGUAUGAUCCUCACCUUCUUCAAGAACUGGAUUGGACCCAGAACACUGUGAUGUUUUCUCCGGCUAUUUCUCCUGAGGAUCCAGGUGAUGGUUUAGUUCUGAGACCUCUUUGCAGUGCUGACAUCAACAAAGGCUUUUUAAAAGUUCUAAGUCAACUGACUGACACUGGAGUUGUUAGCCCUCAGCAAUUCCUUGAAAACUUCGAACACAUGCGGAAUUCUGGGGACUACUAUGUUACAGUUGUGGAAGAUACUAAUCUAGGAGAGAUUGUAGCUACUGCAACCUUAGUCAUAGAACAUAAGUUCACUCACUCAUGCGCAAAGAGGGGCAGAAUAGAAGAUGUUGUUGUAAGUGGAGAUUGCAGAGGAAAACAGCUUGGGAAACUAUUGAUGUCAACUCUUACAUUGCUAAGCAAGAGACUAAAUUGCUACAAAAUUACUCUUGAGUGUCUGCCAAAAAAUGUAGCUUUCUAUAAAAAGUUUGGAUACUCAGUAUCUGAAGAAAACUAUAUGUACCAAAGGUUCUUCAAUUAAAGAAUUUCCUGCUGUCAUCUCAUUUAAUCAACUAUUGGUGGAGGAGCUUGUACUACUGACUUCUCUUUACAGAAAGCAAAUUCCCUGCAAAUAAAUAACGAAUACUAGAUAUGAGACUAUGCUGCAGACUUUGAUUUUGGGUUUCCUUGGUAACAAGGAAACCUAUUGUAAGAAGUUUCCUAUUCAGCCAGUACAUUGUUUUUGAUAGCUAGGACGUGAGCCAUCUUUGCAAGGUAGGGAUGGUUUAUAGCCCAAAGUAAAUUUUAAUUUUAUGGGGUUUUUUCUUGCCUUGUAUUUUUCUGUAUUGCGCUGCUUUUUGUUGGCAGCUAAACAGUGACUAGUAUGUUAGGACUGUUUUUGUAAUUUUUUCUCACAAGGAAAAAACCUACAAGGUUUACCAUUUAUGUUGACCUUUAAUGCACUUCAAAAUGGAUAAUCCCCAGUAUAGAUGUGUAGUUUGGUUUUAUUGGUUCUAUUGCAUUUGCAAUGGAGAGGAAUUAUUACAAGCAGGAUUCUGUGCUUGGGCUGAUAAACUGAAAUACCUCAUAUUAGCCUUUUCCAACCUGGUGCCCUUUAGAUAUGUUGAACCAAAGGUCUUAUCCCCAGGCAUUACUGCUUCCCAAAACAUUGGUAACGCUGCUUUGAACCAUGUCAUGAAUUGAGGCAAAACUUGGAUAUGAAAAAUGUAUCAAUUAUUUAAAAUAUACUUCAAAGUAUUGUCACCUUUAUGGCUGUACAAUGUAUGGUUUCACAGAA